GUGUUUGUUUCUGUAGUGUCAUUUAACGAUUGUAUAGGGACAUAGGUUAUUAUUCGCGUCUCUUCGUAACUGAUAUUCAUCUCUGUAUUUUUUUAAUAAUUCCGUAACGAUUGCUAAUAUAUUUUCAAACAAAAUUCGUUAGAAUUAUCGUUCACCGGGAAUCGACGACGACGACGACAACGUUUCCUGAAAUAAGUCGAUAUUUCAAUUCACGCCGGAAUGGAUUUGCAGUUCGGAGAAGGUCGGGAGUGUGUCAACUGCGGUGCGAUCUCCACGCCGCUGUGGCGCCGCGAUGGCUGCGGACACUAUCUGUGCAACGCGUGCGGCCUGUACCACAAAAUGAACGGCAUGAACAGACCGUCUGGCAGGCCGGCCAAGAGAUUAGGCGCCUUCGAGACCGUAUCCAGCAGACGCUACGGUGUGUCAUGUACGAAUUGCGGCACCCGAAUGACCACCUUGUGGAGAAGAGACAACGACGGCAAGCCGGUGUGCAACGCGUGUGGUCUGUACUACAAACUGCAUGGCUUCAACAGGCCGCUGAGGAUGAGGAAGGACGGUAUCCAGACAAGGAAGAGGAAACCUAAGAAGCAGCCUUCGUCGUCGUCCUCUUCUUCUAACGGUUCGUCAAAUGUAGAGAACCAUGGACAAUCCACUUCCGCGGCCAUAGAUCUAUUAGCGAACAAACAUCACGCAACGGUGGAAAUCAAGCAAGAACACAAUUACGAUGCAGCGGAGGCAGCGGCUGCCGCUGCGGUGGCGGCGGAACACUUCCUCUUUCCCGGCACGGCGGGCGGCCAUCAUCAUCCCCAGCUAGACGGGUUCAGUUUUCCGCUCCCUCAGGCUCCGGUGCCGGAACACAACUACCAACACCUGUUGAAUGGACACGUCAACAACAAGCUGAUGGCGUCCUAGAAUCCGACUUGUAUAUAGAUUGAAGUCUGAAACAGCCGCUGUUAUUGGAUUUUGUACAUAAUUAUAUAGUAUAUAUCGUAUAUAUCAUAAUAUUAUCAUAUAAAAUAUAUUAUGUAUUAUAAUAAUAUAUAAUAUAGUUAACAAAGUUCGAUUUCUUGCGAUUUCUCAACUUAUUAAAAUCCACAAUAAUACUAACAAAAUUAAUAUAUUAUAAUAUACGUAGGCAGUUGUAUAUGUUUGUAAAAGCAUAUAACGAUAAUGUCAAUUUAUCGUAAACGCGCGCAUUUUUGGAACACGCAAUUCAAUAUUGUAUCACGCUAUCUUCCUAAAACUUUAUUUAAAACUAUAGUUAUUGCUUAUAACGUCGUGUAUUUCUAUUGUGUUUAAAUUUUAGCGCCAUCACAACCGGACGUUAUAGUUUUGAGAAAACGCCCAUUUAAAAUUUAAAGGUAUUUACGAAGAAAGAACUUUUUAAUGACUAACUGUUUUUUAAUUUGUCUAGUCUUUUAUAUGUAUAUUUUAUAUAUAUGUAUAUAAUAUAUGUUGUAAGCAUUAAAAUUCACCGAUUUACUGAUUCGUUUAUAUUUUCUGUACCUACAGUUUUCGCUCGACACUACUUAAUACUCACGAAAUUCUAUUUAUUUAUCUAUUAAAAAUUGUACAUAAUAUUUUAUUACCGGGACCAAGAUAAUACAUGUUCUUUCAAGCUAAAUUUCGAUUUUCCAUUAUAUUAGAUUUACUAUUAAUUUAUAUUAUGUGUAAGUAUAUUUAUUGUAUAUAGUAUAUACUUAAUGAAAUGUAAAAAAAUUUAUUUUAUAAAUAUGGUAGGUAAUAUAUUAAAUUUACAACUUAAUUAUUGUAUACAAUUAAAUGGCUAUCAUCGUAAUGUUAUUGUUGUAGCAGAAAAUACUAUAAGCAUGACGGUUGGAGCGUAUCUAUCGUUUAUAAUAAAUAUAGUCCCCAACUAUAUGUAUAUUAUAUUAUAUAAUAUGUCUUACUAAACAUAUAGUAAUUAUCUAUCAGACUUAAUGUAUAAAUUCUACUCUAAUAACAUGGUGAAAAAAAAUUUGUAUUUAAUAAUGAACUAUUAUAUCAAAAUCAUAAAUAAAAAAAAACAUUUUUCAGAUGUAUAACAACGUAGUGCACAAAUAAACGUUUUUAUUAAAA